AUGACGAGCGUUCCGUGUCCCGGACAUUCGACCAACUUGCCGUCUGCGAUUUUGGCUACGUACGGACCUUCCAAACAGUCUACCUUAUGCCUGGGUGAGUCGUCUGUGGGGUUACUCUCCAUUCGACUCAUGACGAACAAUGGCCUCUCCGUUGCAUUCAAACCCGAUAAGAGCUGCAUCAUCUCACGCAAGGGAGACUUCAUCGCUAACACUGUCAUUUCCGAUGGUCCUUACGAACUCGACAUCAAAACCCGAGUCUCGCAUUGGCUACUCGCGACACCGUCGGCGUGGUGUCUGUCUGCACCAGAAUCAACGGCGUUUUGA